UUUUCCCAACAGCUGCUGACAGGGAUCACGGCCACUCCCAGGAGUCUCUGCCGAAGUUCCACCUUGUCCGAGAGCUCAUGGCGCCACUUCAGAGCCUGGACCUUGAGGUGCAGCAGGUUGUGGGUGAGGGGUGGCAAAAGAUGGCUUUCUGGCCCUCUGGGACACCCAGAUCUGCUGGGGGAGGGCUUGGUGGCCACUGAGGCUGAAUGUGUGCAUGCGGGUGGAGUGUCUGACCCUACCUGUGGCUGCCUGGGAAGCAGGACAGUCGGGAUGUGGUGUGUGGCAUCUGCAUGGACAAAGUGUGGGACAAGCCAGAGGCCCAGCGGGUCUUCGGCAUCCUGCCCAACUGCACCCAUGCCCACUGUCUGGGCUGCCUGCGCACCUGGCGGAAGAACCGGCAGGACUUCCCGCUGGAUGUCAUCAAGGCGUGUCCACAGUGCCGUGUCCAUUCCAGCUACAUCAUCCCCCACAAGUUCUGGGUGAGCAAGGGGGCCCAGAAGGAGCAACUCAUCAGGAACUUCAAGGCUCGGACCAGGUGCUGGGCCCAGCAUUGUUCCUAAGGGGUGCUGAGCCAGAGGACAAUGUGCUCUUCACAGACGGUGCCCUGGCCAUGACCUUCUGGGGUUCAGAACUCCUGCAGGACCCCAACAGUUCUUACCAUGGCCUUCUGUAAUCAGGAUCAACUUGAGGAAAAUUGGGGUGAGGGGAAGGAGUUUCUAGGUGGUAGGUCUUUCCCUUUUAGGGUUUGGUGGGGGGGCAAAAGUAGCAAGCCCUCCACCCCCAUGAACUGCAGCAGUGACACAGCUGGGGACAUGGAGGAAUGGGGGAGGGCUCCUGGAAUGAGGAAGGUUCAAACCCUCUUGCCAGGGCCUUGGUUUUUAACUUUGCUCUUUUGUAGAAUGACUCUGAAAGAAAACCAAUAAAAUGCACCUAAGUUAU